AUGCCCACGGAGAACAGAGAUAUCAAGUGCCAAUCAACCACGCCCCCCCCGGGACCUUUCUCUAGGUCCAUUCCUAGUCGGACGGGUGACAGUCUCCCACCUCGGAAGGCCCACCGGCGCUCGCAUAGUGAUAUCCCCUUCGGGUUUUCCCAGGGUUCUUUCUCCUCUGUCUUCUCUCCUUUGACUCAGAGGCCACAAGGGUAUCUUGAGAGAUUCUUGUCUGUUGUGGAUAACGCCGGAUCAGUCGGCAAGCAGAGAGAGGGACAGUUCGUGAAGCAGGAAUUAGACUGGGAUCGGGAUUUGGACAGCAGUGCAGAAGGCACGGUGGAGCGGAAGUCAGAAGGGGAUGCUGGGGACGAUCUGUUUAGUGCAUUCAUGAACUUGGACAAUCUCGAUGCCCUCAACUCCUCUGGAACUGAAGACAAACGUGAAGAUAUGGAUAGCAGGGCUAGCGGCACCAAAACAAAUGGUGCUGACAGCAGCGAGAAUGAAGCUGAGAGCAGCGUCAAUGAGAGUGGCGGUAGAUCACUACCACAGAAGGUGAAGACCUCUCCCUCGUUGGAGAAGGAGGGAUCAAAACGAAGUGCUGCUGGAGAUCCUGAUUUGAAUAUCAGUGCUUCAAGACAUUCUCGAAGUAUUUCAAUGGAUAGCUUCAUGGAGAAGAUGAAUUUUGGGGACGAGUCGCCAAAGUUGCCUCCAUGCCCGGGAAUUAGGCAGGGGCAGCAUUCGCACACUAAUUCCUUGGACGGAACUUCCAGUAAUUUCAGUUUGGACUUGGCUAAUGGAGAAUUUAGUGGGGUAGAACUUAAGAAGAUAAUGGCAAAUGAGAAGCUCGCCGAGAUCGCCUUAACUGAUCCAAAACGUGCUAAGAGGUAUCUCAUAUUUAUCAAUAUUUCUUGAUCCAGUAAACAAGACUUUGGUAGUUUCUGUCUGCUGAUAUUGCUUCUAACUUUCUGGUUUUAGGAUAUUAGCCAACCGGCAGUCAGCUGCUCGGUCAAAGGAACGCAAAUUGAGAUACAUAUCAGAAUUAGAACACAAGGUGCAGAUUCUGCAGACGGAAGCUACGACUUUGUCUGCACAGCUUACGAUGUUACAGGUAGUUCACAUGGGAAAGUUGAAUUUUACUAUUUCCUCCAAGUAAUGGAAACUGUAAUGCGGCUGACACUGCCUCCCUCUGCCCCUGAAAAACAGAGAGACUCAGCUGAUCUGACCAGUCAAAAUAAUGAACUCAAAUUUCGUCUUCAGGCCAUGGAGCAGCAGGCACGGCUUAGAGAUGGUAACUAAUUCUAUUUCACAAUCCGCUCAAUGUUUUCAUUUGAAAUUAUUACAACUUCUUUUUGUACCUUGACAACUGGUAAUAUGUGAUUUCGGAGAACCCUUCGUUUUAAAUUGGUUGACUGUUUUCUAGUUAUUUUCAACUCCCCUCAUUUAUUACUACCAAUGAAAGAUCAUCCCAUUGUCCACUAUCAUGCAAGCCUGUGGCAUAGUUUUUGUGGCUCGAGGAAACGACCUUUUUUUAAUUUUCGUAAAUAAUGUCAUAUUUGGUUGUAGGAUAUGAAUCGUUAUUUUUUCUCAUAUUUUGUCUCUACACACGAAGCAGUGACAUUUUCUUUAAAUAAAAGUCUUCUCGAUGCUUUGUUUUGUUACUCCUCAGGUUUGGUGAUCUGAUAAGAAUGGAGCCUUAUCUUCAUUCUUCCUUAUCUAAUUUUCUUACGGUUGGAUAUUAUUGAUUCUUUUAUUCUGAUUAGCAAUUUAUGCACAUCUACAUGUUUGACAAUAAGGCAAUUAAUCUUUUCAUCGUUUUUCAUGUUGUUUAGCUUUGGUUUGAUAUUCAUAAUAGUUCAAUGCUUCCAAGGAUACAGGAAUCAGGAGUCAUAUUGCCUCAAGGCAGAAAGCGUCUCACCUGUACUCCCAUUUCUGCAAUUUGGCUUGUCAAUUUUGUUCAUUUUAGUGUUUGAUGUGUAGAAACUCCAACGGGAGAACGCUGGCUAAACUCUGAGGCUUUCAGAGAAGUUGUUGGCUUGCUACAUUUUUUUUAUAUAUGAAAAUGAUGCGAAAGAUGAAAAAUACGAACAACCAUGAAACGAUGAUAUUUUCGAGGUUUCUGACGGUGGAUUUCCCUAUCCCUUCUUGGAAAUUCCCUCACUCAUGUGGGCUUCUCUUUUCAAGGGUUGGGGAAUUUUGGGGGCCUGCAUCCAGCCUUCAAUGUCCUAACAAGAACCCAUGUUACUUGAUUAUGUCCUCACUAGAGUCUCACAUCUCAGGAAAUGCAGAAAUAUCCUCAGUUUAUACUCAAAGCUUAAGUGGCCUAACAUGUUAGCUAUGUGUUUGUCUUUUCCAAUCUACAUGACCUUUGUUACGGGUUGUUGUUUGCCCGUAGAUAGGAAGUUGAAGCUCCUCUACGUACAGUCAUAAUAGUGCUUGAUGGAAAAGUGGGGCCUGAUCUGGGCAUAUUAAUUUUUUUUAGGACGUAAAAAAUGUAUUUAUUGAUUUUUCUUUCUCGAAAGGCCCCUAUCCUUGUUAUGUAUAGAGGCUCCUCCACAAUUCCAGAUUCCUAGGUUGAUUUCAGACAGCCAACAAUGCUAGAGGAACACUGCCUGCUGGUUGAAGAUCUAAUAUGGAGCCAAGGUAGGAGGAACAAUAACAUCUCCUUGGUAGGGUUGCUCGAACUGGCUUACAAGCAAUAGAUGAUGGAACUAAUUUGGGGUCGAUUUCCACGAAGAGAAUCUUUGAUUUUUUGCUUGAAUAGAUCAACUAAUUUAUGCCUUUUUAUUAGCUUUUGGAGUGUUCCAUAUGUAGAACUCUAAUCCAUUGUGGGAUUGUGCGGAUGGGGUGUGCGUUUCCUUGAGACCUUUUAAUGGGAGUAAUUCUCUGUUACACCACAGACCAGGAGGAGAGCUUCCGAUACAACUGUUCUUUUUAUCCUUCAUUUCUACGUUGAACAAAAUAAUGAAUUAAUUUAUUAUGUCACUCACACGGAAUUUCCAUUUGGGGUAUAAAUAUAGGGGGCAUAUCCUCUUCCCAUAGGAAAAAAAAAGGUUCUUGAGAAAUUGCUAUCAUGAUUUAUAUCUCGCCAGUAGGGUUUCAACGCAUCAUCAUCAUCAUCAUCAUCUCAUGUCCUUAUCCAACGUUGUGCAGCUCUGAACGAGGCCCUGACCGGGGAGGUCCAGAGGCUGAAACUCGCCACCCGAGAGAUGGGUGAUGGAAACCCACCUGGCAACCUGAACCAGCACCUCUCAUUGAACCCUCAGCUCUUCCAACUGCACCAGCAUCAGCAGCAGCAGCAGCAGUCCACCCAGCUGCCCAUCUAUCAAUUGCAGCGCCAGCAGCAGCAGCAGCAGCAACAGCAGCAACAGCAGCAACAUCAGCAAGAGCAGAAUCAUCAGAGGCAGCAGCAGCAGCAGCAGCAGCAGGAGAGCUCUCCUGUGGCAAAAUGUGAAGCAAACUAG